UAUAUAUAUAUAUAUAUAUAUAUAUCUCUUUUACUCCGGUGUUUACCCCCGGCAAAACGGACGAUCGGUUUAGUCGUAUGAACGGCGUAUACAACGUGUGACGCGAUCGUACAGUCGGUUCUCGGUAGACCCUCGUGUGGGAGAGAGAGCUGGAGUGAGAGGGGCAAACGGAUAGAGAGAGACGGCGGCCGCACGUAGCUUGUAGGGAAAGGUGGAGAGAGGAAGGAGAGCAGUAGCUAGCCGGUGGUGCGUCGUCGUCGAGCGCUUCCUAACCUCCAAAACGGGCUCCUCGCGACAACCGACGCGCGUACAUACGUACAUACAAAGCAGAAGAAGCGACGCUUGCCACCUCGCGCGCGCAAGUGUGUGUACAUGUGUGUGUGCGUGUGUGUGUGCGCGCGCGCCCGUCUUUCCCGUGACGUUGCCUACGAUUCAUAACGAGCGCGCGAUCCUCCGCAGUCGCCGCCGUCGCUGCCAUCCUCGUCAUCGUCUUAACUUUAUAACGUUGUGCUUCUCGCGUGUGUGUUUCCGGUCUCCGCGACGUAACGCGACGUGACGAAGAAAGUCCGCAAGUCCGAGACGGAAAAAUCUGCGACUGCGAAAAUCACAUCGCGAGCUCUCUUUCCUUCGAGAUUUAUUUGUCGCGUGUGUCGCGGUUUGUGAGUGAAACGAACACGAGGGAACGACGCCACGGCACCGUAGUCACGUAAUCCACGGAUAUUCCAUCCGGAAUUCGGCUGGACAUUCCUUCCAUCGCCGCCGCCAACCACCGCCACCACUAGUUGGGAGCCUACCGUGGACACGGUAGGUCUAGUAGGCAAUAGAAUUGAUCUGUGUUCAGUACACCGACGGAAAAUACGUGUGAAGAAUUUAGACAGUAUGAUGAUGACAAACCUACCCCCUGUUAUGCUGCCACCUAUUACGGACUACGGGAUGUUGGCACCUACUCUUGGAAUAAAGGUAAGAAUUCCAGACCUUUCGAAUUUUCGUCCGUUCCCCACAGCACCGUUCCCGGUGGUGAGUGUCCAGGAAUUCCAGUACGCACGCGGGACGGGCGCGUCCCUGACGAUGAGGGGUAGUGACGAGCUUCUAUCGCAAAGCGGGGCAGUCAGCAAUGGUGCUUCAAUGAGUCCGCAACCUCAUCACGCAGCCGACAACAACAAUGAUGCCAAGAAGGUUAAGCUCGACAAGAGUCACAGCGGCAAACCUUCCAGAGUCAUUCAUAUCAGGAACAUACCUAACGAGGUGACAGAGGCAGAGAUCAUCCAUCUGGGCCUGCCCUUCGGUCGUGUUACCAAUGUACUCGUUCUCAAAGGCAAAAAUCAGGCAUUUCUUGAAAUGGCGGACGAGAACGCUGCGGCGACCAUGGUGACCUACUAUGCUUCCGGCGUGGCCCAACUCAGAGGCAGAGCGGUCUACGUGCAGUUCAGCAAUCAUCGUGAACUCAAGACGGAUCAAACGCACUCCAACAACGCGGUCAGUAGCCCAACAAAUGAUGUCGCCAACACUUCUGAGAACUCGAACAACCAGGUCGCGAUCGCCGGACAAAAUCAGGUGACAGGUGCUGGCGAGACUCAGGGCGGACCCAACACCGUACUCCGAGUCGUCGUGGAGCACCUGGUUUACCCGAUUACUCUCGACAUCCUCUACCAGAUAUUCACGCGAUUCGGCAAGGUUCUAAAGAUCGUCACCUUCACAAAGAACAGCUGCUACCAGGCACUAAUACAGUACGCGGACAUGUUGUCGGCGCAGACCGCUAAAUUCUCGCUGGACGGGCAGAAUGUCUACAAUUCCUGCUGUACGCUGCGCAUCGAAUAUAGCAAAAUGCAGAACCUCAAUGUCAAGUACAACAAUGACAAAUCUCGUGACUACACCAACCCGAAUCUUCCAACCGGUGACGCCAAUCUGGAUGCUGCGUCGCUCGCUCUCGGCGGCGAAUUGCUGCUCAUGGGCGCCGGCUCCCAACCGCGUGCCAGAAUACCCGUAGAGUCCAUUGCAGGGGCACCGGGUGUGCUGCCCACGCCCUUUGCCAUGCACGGCCUUGCCUCCCCUUUGGCUGGUCCCUACAACGGCGUGCCCCCGGCCGGCGGGCUCGCUGGUCUCGGCGGAUUUCCUCUUGGCGCGGCUGGUUUAGGGGUUCGAGUACAAGGGAGUGCACAGGCAUCGUCCGUGCUGUUGGUCAGCAAUCUCAACGAAGAGAUGGUCACGCCUGACGCUCUCUUUACCCUGUUUGGCGUUUACGGGGAUGUACAGCGUGUGAAGAUCCUCUACAACAAGAAAGAUUCAGCACUAAUACAGAUGGCAGAACCUCAUCAGGCACUUUUAGCGCUUACCCAUAUGGACAAGUUACGGGUGUUUGGAAAGCAAAUUAAAGUAAUGCUCAGCAAACACCAAACGGUCCAAUUGCCAAAAGAAGGUCAGCCAGACGCGGGCCUCACGAAAGAUUACACAAACAGCACUCUUCACCGAUUCAAGAAGCCCGGCUCGAAAAAUUAUCAGAAUAUUUAUCCGCCAAGUGCGACCUUGCAUUUAUCGAACAUUCCAGCUACGGUAGCGGAGGAAGAGAUCAAGGAUGCUUUCACCAAGAAUGGUUUCACCGUGAAAGCUUUCAAGUUCUUCCCGAAGGACAGAAAGAUGGCUCUCAUACAAAUGCCUAACAUGGAUGAUGCCGUGGCUGCGCUGAUUAAAAUGCACAACUAUCAACUUAGCGAGUCCAACCACCUCAGAGUAUCGUUCUCCAAGAGCAACAUCUAACAAGAAUCGCCACCGCACGAGCAGCAGUGGUACCAGCCGUACGCCCUAGUCCCUCUUUGGUCACCCGCUUCGGUCUACGACUGAUGGUUCCUUAGUUGGAUCCGCUCAGGUGCUCGUCCGUUUCUGCAAGAGUCGCGACACUGUUGUUGGCCGGUCGCACUGCAUGCGUGACAGUACAGAACUACGUCGCGCACUCGGACUUUGAAGCAGCACAAGUGGACAAGAGCUACCUCGUCUGAGCGAGCUUAGGAUGCUUUCGAGGUCUUGCUCUUGUUGUUGGGACGUAUAUUUAGCAGGCUGUAUCUAUUCCCGCGUCUGAUUGAUUUUGUCGAUUGGAGGGGCGCUAGGGUGUUUCGCGAUGUACCAGGGUUGCAAGCGCUCAAGUUGAAACGAUGAAGAGGCAAAUUUCGCGACGGCCUUCUUGAAGGUAGUUUCCGGUGCUGGCUUUCGGACGCGGUAACGCGACAAUUUCAUAAUUUUAGAAAUAUGCGGAUUUAGGUAUAGACGAGAAUCAUGGAGAAAGAUAAAAGUGAAAAAGCGACAAACCGAUUAUCUUCAUGAAAGCCAGGACCGUCGCGGAAAGAGAGAAAGAGAGAGAGAGAGAGAGAGAGAGAGAGAGAGAGAGAGAGAGAGAGAGAGAGAGAGAGAGAGAGAGAGAGCCUGGUAGCCAGGCUUAUAUAGAGAAACGAUUUGCAAGAAAGGAAAUCGAGAGAUUAGGGAUUAGACAGAAGCGACGUAGAUAAUAGUGGUAUUUACAGAGUUAACGCUAGGGAGGAUAAGAUAUACUAUUAUACAUGUAAAAUUCAUGAUUCGGCGUGAUCUGGACCGCUGCAGUGAUUAUGGUUAAGGUUUUUUCAAAGUUACGUGGACACAAGGACGACCAUCUCGCGGCAAUAAGCGCGCGCGACGGCGUCUGUAUAUCAUUUUGGGAAUUGGUCUCCGUCAUCGUGCGGAUCUGGAGAAAAGAUAGAGGGUAAAUGACACGAGCGCAAAGUAAUCGAACACACGUCGUACGAUCGCGCACGACGCAGCGGCCAGCAGCCGUGAAUCAGUAAUCAUGAGCCCGCGAUUAUGAAUCAGCAACCAUAAACCACGAGACAAUCUUCAUUCUUCUGACGACCAAAUGAACGCACGACCGAGCGUACUUGUUCGUGGGCUUCUGUUCCGUUCGAAGACGAGACAAUACGAUCGACGAUGCUGACCGAUCGAGUACGACGGGAACGGCGUGUUUAAUUGACCGAGUAUCUAAGUAAGAAAAACGGCCAAUGUCACGGGACCUUUUGCAUGCUUUCACGAGGUACUACUAUUCCGCCGACGAACCGAUCGCCCUCAUUGAUUUUAUUUUAUUACGAUAUAUUUACGGUAUUGUCAAUAAUUGAAAUUGGAGAGGAUAAUUGAAAACAGUUGAAAGGUCGGUUUUUAAAAUUCAAACCUGUAUAUUACUUAUUGCGAUUGGUUGAUUUGUUCGUAAGGCGGAAGCGAAGCAAUUAUCAAAGUCGUUCGUUGCGUGCUGAGAGUUAUUCUAAUUAGGGGGAGUACGCCACUUUGAACGUAUCCAGCCCGCUCGACCUUACGUUUAUGCUUUUUCGGAGGUGUAUUUCUCGCUCCCGAAGAUACCUGCAGUAUUCUCGACUAUUCGACGAAGUCGAACGCUUCUUAGGAAGGGUCGAACGGAGCCCGAUCGCUCGAUGGCCGAGGCGAGUCCUCCUCUCCGAGACCCACGCGGCGCGUUUGCGCGCGUCGUCGUACGGUCGUCGCAGAUGGCAUUUUUAUAAUUUGUACGUUUUAGUUUGGAGAUAAGUAUUAUAUUGCACCCGCACACGUAUCGGCGUCUUUAUUAGACCGUACAAUUAUGCAGUUAUACGUACACGGACACAAGCAACACAUACACAGUCAUGCACGCGCCACGCGUCAAGAUAAAUGUUCCGAUCACCCUCUGAUUUUUACACACACACACACACACACACACACACACACACACACACACACACACACACACACAUAUAUACAUGUAUACACGGACGCAUAGAUACAAUUGAAUGCGCGCAGAUUUCGUAGUUAGAAUAGAUGCUUAGGCAUGUGUUAGGAUUUUAAUCGUAUAGUAAGCGACUAGAUAAGUAAGUUGACUAGGAGAGGAAGGAGUGAACCGUUGAACAUAUCGCUAAUUAAAAAGUUUACACGUUCGGGACGCGCGCGGAAAGUUUGUAUUCCAUUCGUGAUGAAUUGGCCAAUGCCAUUUGGGACAUCUCGAGGAUGAUUCGCAUUGAUGGACAAUAUUCGUGUGAAAAGGGCAGAGAAUUACCGAGGAUAAAUCUAUUGCUACGUGCCUCGGUCUAUCCCAUUGAAAGUUCCUGAUAUCAAAGCAUUCCUUCAGUAGUUGGCGGUUGUGAGAAUGCCCUAUAAAGACGAGCAAGUGUUUUGAGAACAGAUUGAACAUAAAAUAACACGAAAGAAAAUUAUUAUUUAAGAAGAUAAGUCAUUUUGUGAUGAUUAAACAAAUUUAUUUACAUCAUUAAGUUUGGAUUGAGUUAAGCAUCGAAGAUACAUAACUACACAUAUAUAGAUAUAUAAGAAAAACAAAAUAAUCGUUAUUAUCGUAUUUAUGGGGAUUUAGCAGAAACAUGCAAGAUAUAGAAAUCAGUCGAUGCCGAUUCCCGAGAUGUCCGAGGUAUUCGCCGUAAAAAGCGCGGAGUUUUAAUUAAGCUCUGAUCAGACGAUGAUGAUAAUCGAUCUCAUUUCUAGGAUGGAAAUCCUCAAAUCCUUAAGCAAUGGGAUGUGCCGCGUGCGUACCGGCGUAACCCACGGGUUUCUGUCUAAUCGAUGUUCUGUUGAAGUCAAUUAAAUUUUACUGAUAUAACAUAACUGAUCGUAGAAAGAAGUAGGGAGUGGGAAAGCACGUGUUGGAAGAACAUUGUUAUGUGAAGGUGUAACUGAGCGAGCGAGAGGGAGAGAGAGAAAGGAAGAGAGUAAUUGCGCAAGUGCGAAAGAAAGAGUUGUAUACAGGCGAAUGCAGUGUCGCGCUACUUAGACGGAUAGAUUAUUUAGAGGGGUGGAAGGAGAAGUUUCUAAGCCGAAAAAA